AUAGAUCACGAAUUGAAGAAGAAAAUUACUUACCAAGAAGAUGAAGAGUGUGCCUUUGACAUCCCGCGGGCCUGUAGAUGAUAACAACUUUCCAUGGGUGGAAUCACAGACACGAAAUUACCAGAGCAAAGGCGAAAUCGGCAUGAGAGGUUUGAGACAUCAAGCCCCUCAUUCUUCGCCCCAUCGGCGAAGUCGAACCACAGGUAGCAUAACAUCCUCUGACGUGUACGGCGACCGAGAAACUGUUGUUCUGCCGAAGAUUGCCACUGGACGAAGUGCCAGGAGCGCCAAGAAGCUGUGGAAGGAUUACGAGAAUAUUAAGAUCAAAACUGUUAUACAAAAUGACCUGGAGACACCGCGGAUACCGCCACUUUACGUGCCAAAGAACCCUAAACCUUUGUACAAACGACCAGUGGACGAAUGGAAACCAUUCGACAUACUGCACUUCCGAGAGUUUGCGGAGACGGGAGAGAUUGAACCUGAUGACGUCACAAAUUGCAACGAGUUCUAUUCUCAGAUCACAUUUUUGAGGAAUGCUGUGAGGAACGUCGAUGGGACAACAAGUUACCAGAAUCUUUGUAAAAAGCCCCGUAGCUGGAGUGAGCCCUCUGUUGUUGAUGACCAACCAGGGUUAAUCACAGGUAACCGCCUCCACUGGCAAUCUGCAGCCUCAUCUCUUCCUCAUCCACGGAUGUUGCUGCCACUCAAACCAGGACCUACCACUAAGUGGUACGCGUGGAGGGUUUCUGCACCCAACAACAAGGAGAAGCAAAAGUCAAAACGAAAACAUCGGAUAGAUCACCACGUAGCAUUCUCAGAAGCUUUCAGUCCACGUGUCGCUCCUCAUCCUACACCUGCGUUCAAACCUCCGAAUGGCACACCGAGGUUACAGAACUCCAGAAACCAACUAGUGCCUGGUGGAAUACCGUUAGAUCCCCAAAAGACUAGUACAACGAAAGAGGACAAGGUCGUAAAUGAAGGGAGUAGCAAAACUGUAGAACCUGCUGGACUUACAUUCAUCACCGAAUCAAAAGAAGAGAACGUUGAUUCAGUCGAGCAAAGAGAGGACGGUGUCGUAGCGUCUCAGGAUACACCAGAGGACAACACCGAGAAAGGGCAGGAGAGCAAGAAGGUAGAUGAACAGAAUGUGGUACAGAAUGAACAAUCAGUAGAUGUCAUCAAGGAGAGUGGGGAUGACACAACUGGGCCUAAGCAACAAGAAGACACUGACGUGGAAACAAAGGAACCGGGUGUGGACAACGGGGAUGUGGAAGCCUCUCCAGAGGAGGAACAGAAUGUAAGUGGUGAGAGCAACGGUAAGCAAAGUCCAACUAACGAGGUUGAUAUUGCAGAGGAGGAGACCACUCAAGAUCAGGAGUUGAACGAGGGUGAUCCUGAAACAUCUCAAGACCCUGGAACAGAUAUUGGUGGGGCUGAUGACGAAGGGCAAGUGGCGGAUAUCCCCGAUGAAGUCGACCCUGCUUCAGAGGAUGUCCUCCAGGAAGAUGGCGCAUCUGACCUGAAGGAUGAUGUGGAUGCUUCACAUGUGGAAGAAGGACAAGAAGCAAAUGAUCAACCUAAUGAUACAGAGGAAGUUCCAGAGGAUGCGGAAGGGGCACAACAUGUUGACGACCCUGGAACAAUUGCAGAUGGUCAAGACGGAGAGACUGGUGAAAGGCCUAAACAAUCGCCCGAAGACGAACAAAGUCCCGAAGAAACUUGAAAAGGGAAUUUUGAACAUUAUUUAUGAAAAGAUGGAAAGAAAAAAGUAUCUAUUAUUUCAUAUUUCUGGCUUUUCAUAUAUUUGUGCAAUAUUUCAGAUUAUUUAAUUUUCUAAUAUUGUAUUUUAUAUCGUUUUAGAGAGGAUUUUUUUUUCAAAUAGCUGAAUGAGACUGGACAUCAUUAUCAGUUCUUUGAUUUCAAUCUCCAUUUCUUUCGGUAACUGAAAUUUAGAUGCCAAACAAACCGACGAUAGAAGCAGAAUAUAUUGUACAAAACAGGGAAGAGUUGGACAUGUAUUAAUUAGUCAGGAGAAUGCAACAAUUACACCAGCGAUAUCGACUGCAGUACGACUAAAUAUAUUAGUUUAUUACCAAUGACAUACCAUCGGUCGGUUUGGAGUCGGUUUCGUUCAUGUGAUUGUAACAACAGAGUUGAAGUACUGAGCCAGUGGAAACAAGUUAUUGGAAGAACAGAGGUGGUAGUUUUAAAGUGAUAUCAUGCAAAUAUGAAUUUGGUCUGUAUGCGUUUUGUGAAGAGAUUUGUUUAUUUUAAUAAAUGCGCUUGAAUGACGUA